UAUUUCCUUUUUUUUCCCUUGUCAUUUCACUAACCAUUAUUUCUUUCUUUUGUUAUCUGCUGUUCUCUUUCUCUCCUUCUCUUUUGAAAAUCCAACACAGCUUCCAUUUCCUAUCUCUUUAACAACCUUUUUUGUAGAUUUUUUUUUCUCUUCUUUUUUUGUACCUCUUAAACACGCCAAAGACGCCGGAUUCUAUCCUAACAACACUUAUUCAGUCACCGGAUAACUAACCUUGAGGUCUGUGGGUUUUUGGCAUUGUUGGGAGUUUGCUAUUCUUAAAUGAGUGAUGGUUUCAAGGUCGUAUAUGAAUUUUCUAGACUUGGCCUCUGGGAACUUGUUGGAUAUUCCUCAGACUCCAAGGUCUCUUCCUAGAGUGAUGACUGUUCCUGGAAUUAUCUCUGAUGCGGAUGGUUAUGGCUGUAAUGAUGGUGAUUCAGAAGUUAGUUCAUCUAUUUGUGAGCGGAAAAUUAUAGUGGCAAAUAUGUUACCUUUGCAUGCUAAGAAGGAUACAAAUGGCAAAUGGUGCUUCAGCCGAGAUGAAGAUUCACUUCUGUUGCAACUAAAGGAUGGUUUUUCUCCUGAAACUGAGGUUAUUUAUGUGGGGUCUCUGAAGGCUGAUAUAGAUGCUAGUGAGCAGGAAGAAGUUUCCCAAAAACUGCUGGAGGAUUUUAAUUGUGUUCCUACGUUUCUACCUCAAGACUUACAGAAGAAGUUUUAUCUUGGAUUCUGUAAACAGCAGUUGUGGCCUAUUUUUCACUACAUGCUACCUAUGUUCCCAGACCAUGGUGAUCGCUUCGACCGCAAUCUUUGGCAGGCCUAUGUUUCAGCAAAUAAAGUGUUUGCAGACAAGGUCAUGGAAAUAAUCAGUCCAGAGGAAGAUUAUGUUUGGGUUCAUGACUAUCACUUAAUGCUUCUGCCGACCUUUUUGAGGAAAGGCUACAAUCGAGUCAAGCUUGGGUUCUUCCUUCACAGUCCAUUUCCUUCAUCAGAAAUAUACAGGACUUUGCCAGUCAGAGAUGAAAUUCUGAGGGGGCUUCUGAAUUGUGAUCUAAUUGGUUUUCAUACAUUUGACUAUGCACGACACUUUCUCUCAUGCUGCAGUAGAAUGCUUGGCUUGGACUAUGAAUCUAAGAGGGGACACAUCGGACUUGAUUACUUUGGCCGUACAGUGUACAUCAAGAUAUUGCCUGUAGGUAUACACAUGGGUCGACUUGAAUCGGUCAUGAAUAUUCCAUCCACAUCUGCUAAAGUCCAAGAAAUUCAAAAACUGUUUAGUGGGAGAAAAGUGAUUCUUGGUAUUGAUGACAUGGACAUAUUCAAAGGAAUCAGUCUGAAAUUAUUGGCGAUGGAACAACUCUUGCAGCAACAUCCAGACUUGCAAGGGAAAGUGGUCCUGGUUCAGAUUAUGAACCCUGCAAGGGGAUUAGGGAAGGAUGUUCAAGAAGCAAAAAGGGAGACAUAUUUAACUGCUAAAAGGAUCAAUGAAGUUUAUGGUUCACCAGAAUAUGAACCAGUGAUUCUGAUUGACCGUCCUGUUCCUCGUUAUGAGAAGACUGCCUAUUAUGCUUUAGCUGAAUGUUGCAUAGUGAAUGCAGUCAGGGAUGGGAUGAAUUUGGUUCCUUACAAAUAUAUCGUUUGUAGGCAGGGAACCCCAUAUAUGGAUGAAGCCAUGGGCAUAAGAUCAGAAUCUCCUCGGACAAGCAUGCUUGUUGUGUCCGAGUUCAUUGGUUGCUCACCUUCUCUAAGUGGAGCAAUUAGGGUAAACCCUUGGGACAUUGAUGCUGUGGCUGAUGCCUUGAAUUUGGCCAUCACAAUGCGUGAAUCUGAGAAGCAAUUGCGCCAUGAGAAGCAUUACCGUUAUGUCAGCACUCACGAUGUAUCUUAUUGGUCACGCAGCUUUAUGCAGGAUUUAGAGAGAGCUUGCCAAGAUCAUUAUAAUAAAAGGUGUUGGGGAAUUGGCUUUGGCCUAGGAUUCAGAGUUGUGUCUCUUUCUCCUAGCUUUAGAAGGUUAUGCAUUGAUCACAUUGUCUCAGUAUAUAAAAGGACAAAUAGAAGAGCAAUAUUUCUGGACUAUGAUGGUACUGUAGUGCCUCAAACUUCUAUUGUUAAAAGUCCUAGCCCUGAAGUCAUCUCUGUUCUGAAAACUCUGUCUAAUGAUCCCAAUAACACUGUGUUUAUUGUUAGUGGGAGAGGGAGAAGUUCAUUGAGUGAGUGGCUUGAGCCAUGUGAGAGAUUAGGAAUAGCUGCUGAACAUGGAUACUUCACGAGGUGGAAUAAAAACUCUGAAUGGGUAACCAACUCUGUUGCUGAUGAUCUUGAUUGGAAAGAGAUUGUAGAACCGGUAAUGAGACUGUAUACAGAAGCAACCGAUGGCUCCAGUAUAGAGGUGAAGGACAGUGCUUUAGUAUGGCACCAUCAAGAUGCUGACCCAGACUUUGGAUCCUGCCAAGCCAAAGAAUUGUUGGAUCAUCUUGAAAAUGUCCUUGCAAAUGAACCAGCUGUUGUUAAGCGGGGCCAACAUAUUGUUGAAGUUAAACCACAGGGAAUAAGCAAAGGACUUGUUGCUGAAAAGGUUCUUUCGAAUAUGGUUAAUCAUGGGAAGCCACCUGAUUUCGUGCUGUGCAUUGGUGAUGAUAAAUCAGAUGAGGACAUGUUUGAGAGUAUAUUAAGCACAGUUUCUGGUCCAACUUUGCCUUCAGCUCCAGAUAUCUUCGCCUGCACUGUUGGGCAGAAGCCAAGCAAGGCUAAGUAUUAUCUUGACGAUACUGUUGAUGUUGUGAAAUUGCUUCAAGGCCUUGCAAUUGCUUCCUCCCCGAAGCCCAAGUAUGUGGAACAAAGUUUGGUUUCUUUUGAGAGUGCUAUUUGAAUAAACUGGUACAUUCCACAUACUGACUGUCAUUUUGAUUUGAUGGUCUUCAACUAAUGAAUCAAGAAAAUUUUUUUGGCUAUUGAUCUUAACUUGGUCUGCUUCUGCUUCAUGCAAAUCUGGUCCUUCUCGAAAUGGAUUGCAUUUUGGGUAGGUGAAAGGUAGAUUACCGGAGGCAGGGACUGACAGUUCUUAUUCUUGUAUAUGGUGAGAUAAUUCUUACGGACAUUUACAGCGACUCAUUUUUCCACCUCUACUAUUUUUGGGUAUUUUAUCCAGAAUAGGAGGCACCAUUAACAUGUAUUUAUACAUUUAAUGUUACCGCACACGAAUUAUCAAAUUUGAUCUUCCAAUUUCGCAUAUUGUAUAUAGUUUAUAUAAAGUUCUCCGUGAUUUUCAAUAGUAAAGUGGUUGCUUCUUGAA